CCCGCUCCACCGCUGCCCGACGCGGCCGCCGCCGCGCUCUGCGUCGCGUGGGCCGCGGCGUGGUCCGCCUGCCGCGCGGCGCUGCGCCGCGAGCGGGGCGCCUACGCCGCGAGGCUGGUGCGCGCGCAGGCCUACUGCGCCCUGGCCGUGCUCGGCGGCGCGCGGCUUCUGCUGGGGUGCCGGCGCCUGCCCGAGGACCUGCUCGAGGCCUUCGGGCCGGAGCACCAGGUGCUGUUUGCCAUGGCAGCGGGGCACUGGGCGGUGGCGAUCCGGGAAGACGCCGGGGGCAUGCCACUGCUCGGCCCGGGGCUGGAGUGCUACGUGUGCCACCACGCGGUCGCCCUUGCGGGGUACCUCGGGCUGCUGCGCCUGCGGAGCUGCGCGGCUGUGGGGGCUUUGGGGCUCAUCUUCGAGUUGCCAGUGCUGCUGCUCAACCACAGGGAGUUGGCACUGGCGGCCAGCCCGCAGCCUGUCUGGCUGCGGCAGAAAGUUGACGUGUCGCGGCACUGGCAGGCGACUCUACUGCUCUUCUGGCUGGCUCGCGGCGGCAGCGCUGCCUUGUACGUGGUGUCGUUAGUUUUCUGGAGGCGUCACAUUGCGGCACUGCGCCUGGAAGAGAAGCUUCUGUACCACGGGAUGGCGAUAUUCUUCUCCUUGCUGAACUACACUUUCCUGCUCGUGCUGGACUCGUGGUCCAGGCACGACUUAGAGCACGCAGUGUGGAACACCCGUGCCUGGAACGUGGACGCAGAUGAUGUCGCCCUAGACGCGACAGCCGCUACGGCAGACCCCCAGGCGCGCGCGCUGGCAGCCGUGGCGCCGGAGGUGCUUGCCGCGGGGCUAGGUGAGGGAACGCUGCUGAUCGCGAUCGACGGCUCCGUGUACGAUGUGGCCCCCUUCCUGCAAGAACACCCCGGCGGGGAGUCUGUGCUUCGGCAGUGGGCGGCCCAGGAUGCCAGCGAGGCUUUCCGUCGGGCGAAGCACUCCCGCUCCGCGCAUUCCUUGAUGGCGCGCUAUAUCGUGGGGCCGCUGCAGCGGCCGCCACGGGAGUACCGGAUCUUCGAGCACGCCCAGGAGAUGCAAGCUGUUCUCGCCCUCGGCGCACGCGCCGCCUUCGCUUUUGCCGCCCAGGCCGCCGCGCUCGCCUGCCUGCCGAUCGGCGCCGCUGGCGGACCCCCCGAGGAGCCCGCCGCCCUGCUCCUGCUCGCCCUGGCGCUGGCCGCCGCGGAGGGAGCGCUGGCAGCGGCCGCGGGUUCGCUGUUGGGCGCGGGCCCCCUGGCCUGGACCUGGGAGGAGCACGCCCUGGCCCUGGGGCUCCUGGGCCACCGCGCCGGCGCCCUGCGCUGCGCCCGUGGGCCGUGGCCCGCGGCCGCGCCCCCGGCGCUGGAGCUCGGCGCCUGGGCCCUGCUGGCCACCGAGCUCCUGUUGGAGUGGCCCGCGGGCGGCCCCGGGCGGCGGCGCCUCGCGGCCACGGCGGCGCUCGCGCUGGCCGCGUGGGCGGCGCGCGGCCGCCUGCAGCCGGGCGCGGCCGGCCCGGGCGAGCUGCUGGCGCCGCUGGCGAUGGCGUGGCCGCUGCGGGCGGCCCUGCAGGCGGCGAGCGGCCGCGGCAGCGGCGCUCGGUCCGCCGAGCUCGUCGUCCACGCUCUGCAGCUGGCCGGGCUCUACGGCGCGGCGCUGGCGCUGGCGCUGGCGGCCGCGAGCCCGGCCGGGGAGCGGCUGCUGUUGGCCCUGUGGGCGUCCCCGGCGCGUUUGGUCGGGGAGCUGCUGUUGGCGGAUGUGGCGGCCGCACCAGCUCGGUGGUUCAAAGAUGCUCCAAAUCCUUUAUCGCUGCUGGUCACGGUCUACGUCGCCACCUGCCAGUCGGCUGCUUUCGCAGCGCGCGGCGCCGCCUUCCUGAUCGGGCUGUCGUGCGUCGCCGCUGGGGGCCUCUCGGACGCCCGGUGGCUUUCAGCGGCAGCGUUGGUCGCGCAUCUGGCGGCCCUGGCAGCUCGAGGCCGCGCCCAGCUGCACGAGGCGGCGCUCGUCGGGCGAUUCGCUGAGGUGCCGAGACACGUCGUCGGAAGCGUGGCUCUUUGGGACCAGCUCCGCGCAGUGCUCGCAAUCCUCAUCUGGAGGCUGCUGGUAAUGCCCUGGAGUCGCAUCGUCGGCGCCCUGCUGCCAUCACAGGUUCGUCUGUACGCAUGCGAAGCCCCGUUCUUCCGGCUCGGUGACAACGUCGCGCUUGGCGUGGCUAUGCAAUACUCCCCGCUCCCUCGCACGGGCGAGAAGCCGCUGCCGCCGGCGCACUUCGUCUGCAGUGCCAGCCACCUUGCGCAGGAUGCCGUCGGUGACAUCGGAAAGGCAGCAGGAGCUUUUGCGGACUCUUGGCGGGAGCUGCACGCCCCUGGGCUCAGCGGGCUCGUCGCCUGCACCUCCGCGGUUUUCCCGUGCACGGCGCAGGGGUUCGCGAAGGAGGUCACCCUGUCGGCCUGGGCGUCGGAGGCCCGCGCGCGGCGCUGGGCCGCAGCCGCCGCGGCCCGCGGG